CUGAAUGAAUUGUGCUAUAUCUAUACCUUUAGUUCUUUGGUAACUUUAUUUUACCUAUUAAUUGUCAUGGAUUUUUUCACAACAAAUGUUGUUUUUGAAAUUCCAUUGGAGGAAAGUAUAAUAUUGUGUCAGGGUCCAUUUGCAAUAUAAUUAUUCACUGACAAUUUAAAAAAUCUGUAACAGAUUAGAAAUAAAACCCGAGUACCUUUUUGUUCCCCAUUAAGAAAAGUAGAUUCAGAAAGCUUGUAUUAUAAAUGUAUCAUAGUACUGCUUACCAAAAGUUAGGAGUUUUAUUCUUGUAGGAGUUAGGCUAGUAAGUAAUGUUUAUAUAAUCCUGAUAAACAUUUCUCCAUGACCGAAUUUUGAGUGGAAAACUUUGUUUCCUAAAAGACUGUAUGUGGCAAGAAAAGAAAAAUAGAGCCUCUCCUCUGAAUGUGUUGUGUUGUGUGUGUGUGUGUGUGUGUGUGUGUGUGUGUGUGUGUGUUUAGAUCCAGCUUAAUACCAACUAAUGCCAACAUCUGGCAAAGAGAUGGAGAUCUGGGAAUUUGUUGCUUGAAACCCUGGGACAAAGUGUUCUGAUCUGACCAGCAAACAUAGCUGUGGACUUAAACUGGAAUCUUCAGGGGCAGAAACGUCUUAAGUGUCUGGAAAAUUGGCCUGUUGAGUCACCAUGAAGGCACUAAAACAAAACUAAUUUUAAGCAGGUCAAAGUUCAGUGAUUCCCUCUGGAAUUCAAACUUUUUUUAAGAGUCUCAUGUUUAAGUGAAAAGGGUCAAAGUUGAUGCACUGUUACAAUGUUUUGAAUGCUUUCCCUUAAGAACAGCCACCCAAGCUGGGAUUAGCAUGAGGAACUGCAAGGCUGGCACUUCAGCGUCUGGGUUAAAAAUAUUUUAAAGCAGUAAAUGCAGUCAGUACAGAGAGAUCCCUGGGAGCCUUUCUAUUCAAAAAUGUGUGAGCUCAGGGCAGCGACUGCAAUGUAAUUUAGGGCAGUGUAUGCUUCAUAGCUUUGGAGAAUAUUGCUUCCCACUAAUGUUCCAUCAGAGGAUGGUAGGAUAGUAGUAAUUUUAGAAGGUGGUAUUCCUGUUUGUCUUACAUCGAAAACUUCAGAAUAAAUAAAAGGACAUAUCAACUGAGCAAGAAAUGUAACUAUGGAAAAGUACCAAUGAAUCUAAAUUUGAACUGAACAGAUACAAAAUCAGCAUGGGUGUAGGAAUAUUUUUAAGGAGGAGGCUGCAGGAAAAGCGACUUCCCAGGGAAUGGACCGCCCAGGCUUUUUAACCAGUCUGUGGUGUAAAGACACACUUCCAGAGGAUCCUUAGAAGUCUUGGACAAGCUUACCCUUAUGUGGCAGGUGCUGUGCCGGCCACUGGUAACCCAAAGAUGAUGAUGAAUAAGUUCCUGUCCAGAAGGAGCUAGCGAUCCACUGGGGAUUCCUCUUGCUGAUGACACAAUUCCUGUGUGAAUCUGUUUACAAGAUUCUGAAAGCUGAACAGAGAACUUUGGCACUGCACUGGGUAGGAAAAAGCAUUGCAAGAAAUAGAUAACAUCAAGAAGGACAUCAGCAGUAGAAGAAAUUGGCCUGGGAGGCUCAGCAGGAGCCGUAUGUUUCCUUGAGCUCUCGGGCUGUUUUAGUCAGUGGUCUUUAACCAAAUAGUAAGAAGGAACACUUUAUCGUUCCAGGAGCGCUCUUCAUGGUCACACAGAAAUGAUGUCUUCCAAGCGACCAGCCUCUCCGUAUGGGGAAGCAGAUGGAGAGGUAGCCAUGGUGACAAGCAGACAGAAAGUGGAAGAAGAGGAGAGUGACGGGCUCCCAGCCUUUCACCUUCCCUUGCAUGUGAGUUUUCCCAACAAGCCUCACUCUGAGGAAUUUCAGCCAGUUUCUCUGCUGACGCAAGAGACUUGUGGCCAUAGGACCCCCACCUCUCAGCACAAUACAAUGGAAGUUGAUGGCAAUAAAGUUAUGUCUUCAUUUGCCCCACACAACUCAUCUACCUCACCUCAGAAAGCAGAAGAAGGUGGGAGGCAGAGUGGUGAGUCCUUGUCGAGCACGGCCCUGGGAACUCCCGAACGGCGCAAAGGCAGCUUAGCUGACGUUGUUGACACCUUGAAGCAGAGGAAAAUGGAAGAGCUCAUCAAAAAUGAGCCAGAAGAAACCCCCAGUAUUGAAAAGCUACUCUCAAAGGACUGGAAAGACAAACUUCUUGCAAUGGGAUCAGGGAACUUUGGUGAAAUAAAAGGGACUCCUGAAAGCCUAGCUGAGAAAGAGAGGCAGCUCAUGGGUAUGAUCAAUCAACUGACCAGUCUGCGAGAGCAGCUAUUGGCUGCCCACGAUGAGCAGAAGAAACUGGCUGCAUCUCAGAUUGAGAAACAGCGCCAGCAAAUGGAGCUGGCCAAACAGCAACAAGAACAGAUUGCAAGACAGCAGCAGCAGCUCCUGCAGCAACAACACAAAAUCAAUUUGCUUCAGCAACAGAUCCAGCAGGUUCAAGGUCAACUGCCGCCAUUAAUGAUUCCCGUGUUCCCUCCUGAUCAACGGACACUGGCUGCAGCUGCCCAGCAAGGAUUCCUUCUUCCUCCAGGCUUCAGCUAUAAGGCUGGAUGUAGUGACCCUUACCCUGUUCAGCUGAUCCCAACUACCAUGGCAGCUGCCGCUGCAGCAGCACCAGGCUUAGGCCCGCUCCAACUGCAGCAGUUAUAUGCUGCCCAGCUAGCUGCAAUGCAGGUAUCUCCAGGAGGAAAGCUCCCAGGCAUUCCCCAAAGCAACCUCGGUGCUGCUGUAUCUCCUACCAGCAUUCACACAGACAAGAGCACAAACAGCCCACCACCCAAAAGCAAGGAUGAAGUGGCACAGCCACUGAACCUAUCAGCUAAACCCAAGACCUCUGAUGGCAAAUCACCCACAUCACCCACCUCUCCCCAUAUGCCAGCUCUGAGAAUAAACAGUGGGGCAGGCCCCCUCAAAGCCUCUGUCCCAGCAGCAUUAGCUAGUCCUUCAGCCAGAGUUAGCACAAUAGGUUAUUUAAAUGACCAUGAUGCUGUCACCAAGGCAAUCCAAGAAGCUCGGCAGAUGAAGGAGCAGCUUCGGCGGGAGCAACAGGUGCUUGAUGGGAAGGUGGCUGUUGUGAACAGUCUAGGUCUCAAUAACUGCCGGACAGAAAAGGAAAAAACAACACUGGAGAGUCUGACUCAGCAACUGGCAGUUAAACAGAAUGAAGAAGGAAAAUUUAGCCAUGCCAUGAUGGAUUUCAAUAUGAGUGGAGAUUCUGAUGGAAGUGCUGGAGUCUCGGAGUCAAGAAUUUAUAGAGAAUCCAGAGGGCGUGGUAGCAAUGAACCCCACAUAAAGCGUCCAAUGAAUGCCUUCAUGGUGUGGGCUAAAGAUGAGCGAAGGAAAAUCCUUCAAGCCUUUCCUGACAUGCACAACUCCAACAUCAGCAAGAUAUUGGGAUCUCGCUGGAAAGCUAUGACAAACCUAGAGAAACAGCCAUAUUAUGAGGAGCAAGCCCGUCUCAGCAAACAGCACCUGGAGAAGUACCCUGACUACAAAUACAAGCCCAGGCCAAAGCGCACCUGCCUCGUGGAUGGCAAAAAGCUGCGCAUCGGUGAAUACAAGGCAAUCAUGCGGAAUAGGCGGCAGGAAAUGCGGCAAUACUUCAAUGUUGGGCAACAAGCACAGAUCCCCAUCGCCACUGCUGGUGUGGUAUACCCUGGAGCCAUCGCCAUGGCUGGAAUGCCCUCCCCUCACCUGCCCUCGGAGCACUCAAGCGUGUCUAGCAGCCCCGAGCCUGGGAUGCCCGUUAUCCAGAGCACUUAUGGUGUGAAAGGAGAGGAGCCACAUAUCAAAGAAGAGAUACAGGCUGAGGACAUCAACGGAGAAAUUUAUGAUGAGUUUGAUGAGGAAGAAGAUGAUCCAGAUGUAGAUUAUGGGAGUGACAGUGAAAACCAUAUUGCAGGACAAGCCAACUGA